AUGCGUCUUUUGCAGCUUGAAGAUACCGACAAAUUCAGCCUCGUCGAGUUUAUAGGUGACGAUGUUCCGCGAUAUGCCAUUCUUUCGCAUACUUGGGGGGCGGAUAACGAGGAGGUUACCCUCAAAGACAUAGCGAAGAGUACAGGCAAGGGCAAAGCUGGUUAUGCUAAGAUCCGAUUUUGCGCGAAGCAAGCUGCCAAGGACAAUCUCCGAUACUUCUGGGUGGACACUUGCUGCACUAUACAGACUCACCACCGACGACAAUGCCCUACGAAAACGGUGACAUAUGCCGCCGAAAAUGGCGGCAGAAUAACCAACAUUAAGUACAAAGCCAGCCUCGACAAGUCUUGUCAGACAAUCGAUCUCACGCUCUGCGCCGUUCCAAACGGCUCCUCGAUUGUAAGAGCAAUUGCUCGUUAUCGCGACUCGAAUUGGUCACUCAAUCCGAUAUCCCUGGGUCACAAGUUCCUCGGUGAACAAGGCAAACCGGAUUCAUGGGUGCUGCUAGGGUAUCGGUAUGACGAUGGUGCCCUAGGCUUAUGCAAUCACAAAAGUCUGAAUGCGGAAUGGAUGAACAGUUCCCACAGUGGCGCUGCUGGUCAUGGAACGGACUGCUCAGACGACGACUAG